AAGGCUCUCGCACUGUAAACAAGGGGAGGCUCAGUCCACUCUGAAUCACUGGCUCGAGCAGCAUCCUGACAGCCGUCGUCACUGUUGUGGUUUUCUUGCUUGUUUUUUUCCAACAAUACUAACGAUCUCAGGGCACGAGCGCCUGCAUCUGGGAGCAGGAAACAAGAGGGGAGCUGAGGAGCAGAGAUGGGUGGGGGUGAGAACAGAGAGGUAAUUGUAUUGAAUAAGAGUGAGGCAACCCGUAGUCGAGGGGUUUAGAAGCAGGAGGAGAGGGAGAGAGCAGGAAAGGAGAGACUGCUGCUCCUGGGCUAGAAGCACUGGGAGAAGAAGAAGAGUAGCAACAAGAGGAGAGGAAAAAGGGAUAGAAGAAGAUAGAGAGAGGCAAACACAGAGGAGCUUCACAGGAUGGGGAGAUGAGUCCUCGAGCAGUGACCCCCAGGGUCAUCUGUGUGAGUCCAGAGACAGAGGAUGGAGUGGGUGUGAUCGACAGUCAUUAAGAAAAACAGUGAGAAAGUUUAAGUUGGAGAAAACUCAGAGAGUUUGGGUGUUUGCAAGUGUGUCUGAAACAAAGAGGAGCAGUGAGAAGGGGGUGGAGGCAGAGAAAUGGGGAGUCCACAUGUGGCAGCACUGAGUUGGAGAGAGAGGUGUUUUUAAAGUGUGUGCAAGGUGGGGAGGGGGCAGUGCGAGCAUGCAGAGUGUAUCCUUCCCUCUGUCCCUGCAGCGGCAUUGAACGACAGCCAGGAAAAGAGGAAGGGCGUCCUCCUCUUCCACCUCCUCCUCCUCUCCAGCUGACAAAAACAGCUGCCCAGGAGCCCGCACAGAGGACGAGGGGAAGAGGACAGAGAGGGAGAGAGGAGGAGGGAGGACAGAAGAGAGAGAAAAGAAAGAGUGGAGAGAGGAGGGAGAAGUCCCAAAGUUCAGGACCCCUUCCACCUAUAUGGGUUGCGUCCUGAGCUCGGACGGGUGCGGGGAGGAAGAGGUGCAACCGCUGCCGGUGGUCAGAGACUCGACCCUGAAGAGAAGGAGCCUGGAGAGGAGUGAGAGUGGCAGGAUGAGGCUGACAAAGGCGGGGAAGGGAGAGCCCCACAUCUUCAAGGAGAAGACCUUCAAGAAGAAGCGGCAGUGCAGCGUGUGUCGGCAGAACGUGGAUCACGUGGGCUCCUUCUGCAGAGUAUGCAAGACAGCCACCCACAGGAAGUGCGAGGUCAAGGUGACCUCUGCAUGCAUCCCAGUGCCUCCCAAUGAUCUGCAGCGUAGAGGGACUGCGCCUCCUCGACACACCCAACACCUGGGGUCCACCAAGUCUCUGACCUAUACCAAACAGAGGAACACCCUGCCAAGGAGCUUCAGUGUGGACCGCGUGAUGGAGAGAGUGAUGGAGCGCCACUACGACUUUGACCUGACCUACAUCACCGAGAGGAUCAUCUCCGUCUUCUUCCCCCCAAACCUGGAGGAGCAGCGGUACCGGCUGAACCUGAAGGAGGUGGCUGCCAUGCUCAAGUCCAAACAUCAAGACAAAUUCCUGCUCCUGAAUCUCUCCGAGAGGCGCCACGAUAUCACCAAAAUAAAUCCAAAGGUUCAUGACUUUGGCUGGCCUGACCUCCACGCCCCGCCGCUGGAUAAGAUCUGUGCCAUAUGCAAGGCCAUGGAGACGUGGCUGACCUCUGACCCCCAGCACGUGGUGGUCCUGCACUGCAAGGGAAACAAAGGGAAAACAGGCGUGAUCAUUGCAGCCUACAUGCACUACAGCAAGAUCUCUGCAGGGGCGGACCAGGCUCUCAGUACUCUCGCCAUGAGGAAGUUCUGUGAAGAUAAGGUGUCCUCUUCCCUCCAGCCGUCCCAAAACAGGUAUAUCUAUUACUUCGGGGGCCUCCUGUCCGGGGCGAUCAAGAUGAACAGCAGCCCUCUCUUCCUCCACCAAGUUCUCAUCCCAUCACUCCCAAACUUCCAGGGUGAAGGAGGUUACUUCCCCUUCAUGAAGAUCUACCAGGCCAUGCAGUUGGUCUACACUUCAGGGAUAUAUGACCUUCAAGGCACCGGAGGCAGGCGGCUGUGUGUCACCAUCGAACCAGCUCUUCUGCUGAAGGGUGACAUCAUGGUCAAAUGCUACCACAGGCGAGCCCAGAGCGCAGAUAGAGACACGGUGUUCAGGCUGCAGUUCCACACGUGCACCAUCCACGGAUCCCAGCUGUGGUUUGGCAAAGGGGAGCUGGACGGAGCCUGUGUCGAUGAGCGUUUCCCAUCAGAUGCAACAGUCGAGUUUGUCUUCUCCUCUGGACCUGAGAGGAUCAAAGGACGUGAGUACCAGAAGAACGACCCGGCUGUCACAGUCGAUUACCACACUGCUGACCCAGUAGUUCGCUGGGAUUCCUAUGAGAACUUUAACCAGCGAUACCAGGACAGUCUGGAGGAUAUUGCCCACACCAGAGGUCCUGUAGAUGGCAGUCUCUACGCUCAGAUAAAGAAACGUCGAGGGCCAAGCUCUGGUUCUCUCUCCUCAACCAAUGGCAGCAGCCCAGGAGCGGGUCUUCCUGACCAUAGACCUGAUCAUUUCAUCAGUCAAGGUUCUGACCCCGCCCUCUCAGGCCAUUCCAUCCACUUGAACCAACCGUCUGUCCAUCCUGACUGCCAGGAGGAGCCUGUUCGUCCGCCGCCUCCGACCAGACAAGAGCGGGAGGACCUCGCACGUCUUCUUGGAGGCAUAGAGGGAAACCGGGAUGUGGAGCGAGAGACUGCCAUCUUGGAUGAUGGAGAUUCCCUGCCCUCUGAACGAACUGGGACACUGGGGCUCAGUCGGUCGUGUUCCUGCCGAGAUGGGUACCGGUCCCAGCGCUGUGCUGAGCCUGGUUGUGACCGUACUCUCCUCAUGCCUAACGGUUACUGCCUCGAUCGUGCUCCUGGCACCAACGGGCACCACGGGGCGACCCCUUCUGCCAGCCCGAACCCAGCUGCUCCUCCGUCACACAUGGAUCUGUGCCAGCACUACAGCCCCCACUCCCACCAGUCCCUCCCCCCUCCAGAUUUGGUGUGGGACCGCCAGAGCGGCCCUCACUACCUGCACCGGUCCUGCUCAGAGGCCCCUUCAUCCAGACAUAUCUGCCCAUAUCCAUCACCAGACCUUACCCCCCACCCUCACAACCCCCCACUUCACCACCCUCUGUCUGCCCCGGGUCACCUUUGCUGUCGAGAAGACGACUACGGUCCCUAUCAUCACCCUCCCCCACCUCACAGCCACCACCAUGCACACCUCCCCAAAUCCUCCACCAGCCCUAACUACCAUGAUAUCAUGCUGUUGGAUGGUCUUCCACCCCCUGGCUGCCCAUGCAGAGACUGCGCUAUCAGGCGGGACGACUAUCACAACCCCAGGCUGGACAGAGGUGACAGCUUCCACUGGGACAGAGAGGCAGAGCUUCAGCACAGGGAGGUGGGGCUGAGGAGAGCCAGGGACACAGAGUUACCCAGAGGGUCAGAGCUCCACUGGGAGAGGGAUACUGGACCCAGACGAGGCAGAGAGCUGUCCCUCCACUGGGAGCGAGACAGGGAGGCUGAGCUGCAGUGGGAGAGGGACAGAGAGGCUGAAUAUUGGCAUAGGAGAGCCACUGUAGCCUCCUAUGGCCCACAGGGUCACGAUCUGCCGGCCUUCACAUUUGACCCUUUGCCAUCGGGUCACCCUGCGUAUCCAGAGGCGUCGAGGUCUCACGCUCAUUCUCACCUGGAUCUGAAGUACAGCAGCAGCAGCAGCGGUUACCAAACACCCCGGCAGGUGUGCCCCUGCUCGCCUUACCAGCCCUCACCAUCUGAAAGCAGGGGCUAUGCCUCGGGAUACCAGUCUGAGUCUACAUCCCCGCUGCCUCCAGCUUCCUCCAUGACAGGGCCCUGCAGCCAUAGCAACAGGCCUGCAGAGCAUAACCACAACCAUCACCAUCCAGACUCACAGCAGUCAUACAGCUCUGACUCACACACUGAUGGUCUUCGUAGCUCUGGUGAGAGUGUGGGCUGGAGGGACCACAUUACCCACGGGUCCUUUAGAAGGAACCAUAGAGAAGGCCACAGAGAAGUUCACGCUGCCUGCUCUACGCCAUCUGACAUGUCCGGACCGUCCACUCCCGUCCACACCAGCAGCCCUCUGCGCACAGUGGAAAGCCCCAGUCCAGGAGGGAGGGAGUAUGAGAUCCGGACCACAGACAUCAUCAGCAGUGACUACGAGGCUUCUCAGCCCCAGGUCAGACGCUACGGAGCUGAUAAUGUCGUUCAGGAAUCCCUGGAAAGCCAAAUAAGUAGCGCAGAGCCAUCAUCUACCAAAGACACACAGUCACACACAAACACACCCACACAAACAGACCCCCACAACCACUGCAAGGCACAAAUAAACCCAUCCCCUAUGACCCCCCACCAGCAGCACUGUAGUCCAGAUGUGCCUUCAGCUUCUUCCUUUGACUCUGUGACACCGUCCACAACAAACCAGGGACACUGUCCGACUCCUUCAUCCCCUGUUCAUGCUUCACCUGCACAAGACCCACACCCCCAACCCCGCCCUCUCCAACUGCAGACCGUUCACCCUUCAGAGGCUGCUGCUCUGCCCUCCCCUCUGGCACAAGCAGUGUCUCAGCCUCAGAGCCAGUCCCAAGCCAAUGGCUCUGCCGGACCAACCCCACCCGAGGUCAACGGAUCAUCUCCAGCAAGAGAAUCUCACCCAGAUGCUCCAAAACCGACCAACACUCAUCCAUCAUCCUCCCCCCAUCCUGCAUCCAGCAGCAUGGAAGGUUCCCCUGUCUCUGACACCCCAGUUCCCGGAUUCGCCACGCUGGGAAGGAGGCUGAUGUUGAGUGGGCCUGACCCGAACCACCCUCACCACAACCAGCAGCACGGACCCACGCAUCAUCACUACCCGGUCAUGGAACACGGUGCCGCUCUGGAUACCAACAAGAGGCACUGCUACUCCGCUCACUCCCCACAGCUUCACCCUUCCUCCUACUUCAACUACUCCACCAUCUCCAUCCCCCUUCCUCACCCCCAACCACCUUUGCCAGAGAAGCGCCAUCCAUCCGCCCAGGCAGGUUCACCUUCUGAUGGGGCAGGGACUCUGAGGCCAGCCGUUGGCCACAUACCUCCCUCCGCUGCCAGCACCACCCAGCAUCAGCACCACGUCACGUUCUCUCCCACCGUGGGAGAAAUAGCACCCCCUUCAGGCGACAAUGAAGGAGUGGCCUCUGUGGAGCCUGAGAAUGCAAAUAGGGUCAGUGUGAAGUUUGUCCAGGAUAGUUCGAGGUUCUGGUACAAGCCUGGUAUCUCCAGAGAGCAAGCAAUCGCAGCUCUGAAGGAGAGAGAGCCAGGAGCCUUCUUGAUCAGGGACAGUAACUCCUUCCAGGGGGCCUAUGGUUUGGCCCUGAAGGUGGCUACUCCUCCUGCCAAUGUCAACCAAAGCAGCAAGGUGAGCGACCCACUGGAGCAACUGGUCAGGCACUUCCUCAUAGAGACAGGCCCUCGAGGAGUCAAGAUUAAAGGAUGUCAGAAUGAGCCCUACUUUGGGAGUCUGUCUGCACUGGUCUGCCAACACUCCAUCACACCCAUCUCUUUGCCAUGUGCCCUGAAGAUCUCAGAGAAAGAUCUGAUAGGAGAGGUGCAGGAGGUUCAGCCAGUGAGUAACGUCAGCACGGCUGCUGACCUGCUGAAACAAGGAGCAGCCUGUAACGUCCUCUACCUGAACUCAGUGGAAACUGAGUCUCUGACCGGCCCCCAGGCCAUCGCCAAGGCAACGGAUGCUACACUGAGUCGUAACCCGCGUCCUGCUGCCACUGUUGUACAGUUCAAGGUGACGUCGCAGGGCAUCACGCUCACUGACAGCCAGCGCAGGGUUUUCUUCAGGAGACAUUACCCAGUGAACAGCGUCACCUUCAGCAGCGUCGACCCUAAAGACAGGAGGUGGACUAACUCAGACAACACCACUGUUAAGGUGUUUGGUUUCGUGGCGAAGAAGCCCGGCAGCGUGGCAGAGAACGUCUGUCACGUGUUUGCCGAGCUGGACCCCGAACAGCCCGCCCUGGCCAUCGUCAACUUUAUCAACAAGGUCAUGUUGUCGCAGCGGAGGUAGACAAAGGCAGGAAAGGAGACGCGGAGCAGGACAAGCAGGGACAGUGUUAGCAGGGAGUUUGACUGGACAGUGACAGUGCUUGUGUUCUCUCAGCUUCAGGCCGUGACGCUUAUCUUUGUCCAUCAGGUGAUGACGUGACAAAGAUUUUCUUAUCGUUCCGUGUAAAUAUGUUCAGAAGGCAAUCGGAAAUCUUAGUCCAAGAUCCCAACUGAUGGUUUUUCAUUUGUCACGUCGCCACUUUGUCUGCGACUAAACAGCCAACACAGCUCACAUGGGUUCAUUCCCUGGAGUUAUUACUGGGGAGAAAGUCCGGAGCCUCUGACUCGGACAGUUGCGUUUUCACAUCGAGCCCCUCCAGAGAAAGUCAGGAGAUUAUCCAGAGUACAGUGCAUGUCUGAAAGCAGCUAUUGUAAAGUAUUAUUGGAUGCGAAACCUCCCCCCCCCCCCCCACCACAAUGAAACAGUGUUAUAUGAAAGCCAUAGUGUGUAGUGUUACAACUCCUCCAGGGACCUGUAUCAUGACGACAGAUCAGAUGAUGUUUGGUGUUUCCUGGUUUCAUGAUGCUGGCUCACUUUUACCAGGAGGAGCAGGAUUCAUGCUCCUUAUACGUUGUGGAUAAGUAAGAAACAAAGAUGCUCCUCCAGAACUUAUCUGAGAAGCAAGUGUUCUUCAGCAUUAAAAUAAACACCAACAGACUAACAAAGUUAACUCUGCUCACCAUUAGAACUUUAACAUUUGUGGUCAGACAUGUUAUCUAUCAUUAAAAACUGCUUGUAGUUCUUUCUUCAGCAGAUUUAAAUUGGACCACGAUUUUACUGCAGGAAACUGAAAGAUAAUCAAUCUAUUUUCCAUAGUCAUUGUCGACCUCUGACCAUCUAAAGCUGAUUAAUUAAUGUGAGGGUUAACUGAACCAGUCCCAGGACUUGCUUCAUGAUACAGGCUCCUGGUAAAUGAUAUAAUUCAUUCAAGCAAGCUUAAUGACACAUAGCAGCCUCUAUGUGUGUCUGUGUGUGUACGUGUGUGUGUGUGUUACGACUGAGGUGUGUUGAGGGCAGAGGUUCAACACUUGGACCUGAUAAUUGCCUUUCAGAAAAACAGCAGGUGUUUAUAUUUUGUAUUGUUUUAUUAAAAGUGACCAAAGGCCUGAGGGUGAAGUUAAGUUUCUAUAUCAUGAGAUGUUCAUACGUAUGUACAGCACAUUCUACAGCCACUCUUGCCUUCAACCACCCCCCCACACACACACACACUUAAUCGAUCGUUGCAUAAUCGACAAUCAUGUUUGGGUUUUUCUUCCCUCUCACAUUUAAACUCUAUAAGCAGAGCGAGCGAGAGACCAACGGUAACUCUCUAAUGAAAGUAAACAGGAACGUGAGCUCUAAACGAGGUUGUGUGCGAGCGAGUGACGGUGACGAGGCCCUUCAGGCGAAUACGUCGGGUUUCAAGGUUUUGUUACGUCCACUUUUAAAGAAACGAAUGUGUAACGGGGGAACAAGCUCGACGAGAAAGGACGUUCAGUGUGGAAGCACGCCGACGCCAUGACACGCUCUGUGGUCAUUCACUGCUUCACAUCAAUAACGCAAAUCUGUUUUCGAGUCUCACAAAAUGAUUCACACUGUGUUAGACAGAGAGUGGCCUAAAGACAAAGUGUACUUAACCAAAGACAAAGCACUCUUGUAUUAAUAAGUGUUUUAUCCAGCUAUAUUUUUGUACUUAUUGCUUCAUGUAUUUUUACUAUGCGUUUAUUUAGUGUGUUGCCUCGUUUGGUAGAAAAACACUACUUGUAUUACAGCGUUAAUAUAUUGUGGUCUGUUUUCCUGUUGAUCUCUAUAUUAUGUAGUAAUAUAUUUUCACAUGCAGCUAUAGGACAGUGUAUGAGACAUACAAAGGAAAACGUUUGGUUUGAAAAGUAUAAUUAUGCUAUUUUGUAUGCAAAAACAAUGAAGAAUAGAAAUAAACUGAAAUAAUGUGGUACCUGAA